UUGUUAGUUUCCACAACCAAACUAGCAUUGCAUGCUACCUCUUAUUCCUCUCUUUUUCUCUUUCUCUAUGUUCUAAUUAAUAACCUAAGCUUCAUUUAAUCAAAAUGCCGGUAGAAGAAGAUCAGGAUGUUGUAGUUGUGGAUGUGGAGAAAAUUGAAAACAGUAAUGAAGAGACGGAACAACAACAAGAAGCUUCUGAUGUGAUGGAAAAGAAGCAGCUUUCUUCCAAAAUCUUGCGAAGAAAUGACUCUCUGGAAAUGGCAUCUCAAACAUUCUCCGCCACGCAUGCUGCAAAAGGGCCAUCCAUGUCUUUGAUACUUCAACUUGCGUUUCAAAGUAUUGGGAUAGUGUACGGUGAUAUCGGAACAUCACCAUUAUAUGUGUAUUCAAGCACAUUCACUGAUGGUAUCAAGAACAACGAUGACAUCUUGGGAGUUCUUUCCUUGAUCUUGUAUACCAUUACUCUCAUCCCUCUCAUUAAGUAUGUCUUUGUGGUCUUAAAGGCCAACGAUAAUGGCGACGGAGGGACUUUUGCUCUAUACUCUCUAAUAUGUCGUUAUGCAAAAGUGGGACUUAUUCCGAAUCAACAAGCGGAGGAUGCUGACGUGUCCAACUACCAGCUUCAGUUGCCAAAUAACCGUCAGAAGAGAGCAAGCAAGCUUAAGUGUGCGCUUGAGAAAAGUCACUUCAUGAAGCUCUUCCUCUUAUUUGCUACCAUGCUUGGCACUUCCAUGGUCAUUGGUGAUGGUGUUCUCACCCCUUGCAUCUCUGUUUUAUCUGCUGUUGGAGGGAUCAAGCAAGCAGCUACUAACAUCAACAACGAUGUGGUUGUUCUGAUAUCCGUGGCAAUCUUGGUUUGCCUUUUCAUGGCUCAGAGAUUUGGAACUGAUAAAGUUGGAUACACCUUUGCUCCUAUUAUCUGUAUAUGGUUUGCCUUCAUCGCAGCCAUUGGUCUCUACAAUUUCAUCAAGUAUGAUCCCUCUGUUAUUAAAGCAGUAAAUCCAAAGUACAUAGUUGACUACUUCAUUAGGAACAAGAAAGAUGCUUGGAUUUCUCUUGGUGGUGUUGUGCUAGCCAUAACUGGAACUGAAGCAUUAUUUGCUGAUGUUGGACAUUUCACAGUUCGAUCCGUACAAAUUAGCAUGUGUUCUGUGACUUACCCUGCUCUAAUUUUGGCUUAUGUUGGACAAGCCUCUUUCCUUCGCAAGCAUAAUGAUCUUGUUAGUGACACAUUCUACAAGUCCAUACCAGGCAAACUAUAUUGGCCAAUGUUUGUUAUUGCUGUUAUGGCAGCAAUUAUAGCUUCACAAGCCAUGAUCUCAGGAACUUUCUCCAUAAUCCAACAAUCCUUGUCAUUGGGAUGUUUCCCUCGUGUGAGAAUUGUACAUACAUCGAGCAAGCACGAAGGACAAGUUUAUAUUCCAGAAAUCAAUUACAUCCUUAUGAUUGCAUGUAUUGCCAUCACUGUUGGAUUUAAAACCACUACAAAAAUUGGCAAUGCCUAUGGGAUAGCAGUGGUGUUUGUAAUGACACUUACAUCUGCUUUUCUAGUACUAAUCAUGAUCAUGAUAUGGAAGACUCAUAUACUUUUGAUCAUUAGCUAUGUGCUAAUCAUUGGUUCUGUGGAAGUUGUUUAUCUAAGCUCAGUCUUAUACAAAUUUGACCAAGGGGGGUAUCUUCCCCUUGCAUUCGCGGCGGUUCUAAUGUUCAUCAUGUAUGUUUGGAACAAUGUGUACCGAAGGAAGUACUACUAUGAAUUGGAUCACAAGAUUUCUGCAGAGAAGGUUAAAGAGAUUGCUUGCAACACAAGUUUGUGUAGAUUACCCGGCUUAGCUAUGUUCUAUUCAGAGCUAGUUCAAGGUGUUCCUCCAAUUUUCAAGCACUAUGUGGCCAAUGUACCUGCCUUGCACUCACUUCUUAUCUUUGUUUCCAUCAAGUCCUUGCCAAUUAGCAAAGUUCCAACCGAAGAGCGCUUCCUCUUUCGUCGCGUGCACCCCAAGGAACUCAAUGUGUUCAGGUGUGUUGUGAGGUAUGGAUACACGGAUGUGCGCAACGAGGAAGAGCCUUUUGAGAAGCUUUUGGUUGAAAGAUUGAAGCAGUUCAUAGUUGAUGAGUUCUGGAAGUCCCAAAAUGGUGAUGAUCAAGAAGAAGAAGAAGAGAAAGUACAAGAGGAAAUAGAGAAAGAAAUAGAGAGAGUUGAAAAGGCAUCACAAGAUGGUGUUGUUCACUUGAUUGGUGAGAAUGAAAUUGUUGCUUGCAAAGGAGCCAACAUUGGAAAGAGGAUUUUGAUUGAUUAUGCCUACAACUUCUUGAAGAAAAACUUGAGGCAGAGUGAAAAAUUAUUUGAUAUUCCACACAAACGCAUGGUUAAAGUGGGCAUGACUUAUGAACUUUGAAGGCAUUAACAACAUGGUUAUGCUUUUCCUUUUUUUUGGUCAGAGAACAUAGUUAUGUUAACAUAGCCCAUAAGGCACUUCUAAAUUAGUAACCAGUAAUCUUAUAUGACCAGUAAAUAUUAUUAUUUUAGAUCA